AUUUCUUUGCAUAUAGGAAUUGCUGUUGUUGGAGUUAUGUUUAUCACGACAUGCAUGGUUGCUCUUAUAAUGCUGGUUAUGUGGAAGACUAGUGUAUGGUGGAUUACCCUCUUCUUUCUGAUUUUGGGGACAUUGGAAGCUGUAUAUUUAUCCUCACGUCUUGUAUAAGUUUAAACAAGGCGGCUACCUUCCACUAGCCUUUACCUUGGUCUUAAUACCAAUUAUGUCAAUGUGGUACUAUGUUUACUGGAAAAGAUAGUUGUUUGAGCUUGAGUACAAGGCCUCAGGUGAAUUCAUUAGAUAAUUGGCUAAAAAAACUGCAGUCAACAGGGUACCAGCAAUAGCUCUUUUCUACUCCGAGCUUGUGUAGGGGAUACAUCCAAAUUUUCCUCAUUUCAUGUCCCAAAUUCCCUCCAUUAAUUCAGUUUUAGUGUUUGUCUUAAUCAAGAAAAUUCCUGUUACCAAAAUUGCAUUGGAGUAAAGGUUUGUGUUCUGACAUGUGGAACCAAAAGAGUAUAGGAUAUUGAUGUGUGGUGAGGUAUGGCUAUACGGAUGUGAUGGGAGAAGCUGAGGUGUUUUGAGGGCCAGUUAGUGGGCACUUAAUGAAAUUCAUCCACCAUGAGUACUUGUUUACUGAAGGAGGGCCGUCUCUUGAGCCAGAAAAUCCCUAGCACUCCUCUCUCCUUGUAACAGCAGUUGCUAUAGAAGAAUCAAUGCGACAGCUGAACAACCUGUCUUGCUUCUUACGGUAUCCAUGGAGUUGAGGAGGACAUACAAUUUGUGCAGAAGGCAAAUGAAGAAGGUGUGGUCUAUCUCUUGGGAGAGGUGAGGUGGUAGCUUAGAAAAAAUCAACUAUAUGCAAGAAGAUAAUUGUAAACCGUCUGUACUGUUUUCUUAGGAGAAACUUAAGGCAAGUGGAGACAGCAUAUGUAAUCUCCCAUGCUAGGGGUUCUAUGGGUGGAAAUGACAUGAAAUUUGAGAAGAUUAUGCACACAAUUGUAUAUACACCUAUGUAAAAAUUGUAGUUUAAAUAAAUUUGUAAAAUAAAA